UUCAGGCCGAUGCCCCUUAAAACAUCUGGACUCGGCAUUCAUUCAUUUGUCUGCCCUGAUAGUUUUGUUCCGGGUGUCUCUCCUGAGGACGCGAUGCGUGAGACUCGCGCGGCCGGCAGGGGGCGGAAGCGUCCCUCAGCAGGAGGUUUGGUCCGGUUGAGCUCGAGAUGCUUCCAAAAGUUCCCGAAGAAGCCCGAAGUCCGUCGCACGCAGAGCGCCGGCCCGCUGACCGCCGAGCCGUGCGGGUCUCCGCCCGGUGACCACGAGCCGAAGUCCGCUCACAGCCGCCACAUCGCGGCCCAACGUCUCCGGGGCCAACUGACGCGGCUAAGCUAGCUGCUAGCUGCUAGCUUGAACCGCGAGUCUCCCGCGGCGCGGCGGGGACGCGCCUCACUGCGCGUCACCGCCUCCGAUGCAGAAGCCGCGUUGACCGUUUGGAUUCAUCAAUGGAGGCCGGCGGCUCGGUCGCAGACUGCGUGUCCCCCGAGUCCACGGUGACCUCCCUGCUGUCCAGCUCGGGUCACCUGAGGAGCGGCCUGCUGGCCCGCGAACACGACGCCACCUUCGCCUACAGAGAGCAGAACUACAUCUCGGCCUCGGCAGCGCUGGACGCCUACAUCACAGACUACGAGAGGAGUCGGCCGGGCGGCGUGGCGUGGCCCAGGAGGCCUCUUCCCCCCACAUGCAGCCGAGCCGGAGUGAGCGCGCUCCGAAACAGAGAUGUUCUCAGGGAGCGCUUGACCGACAGGGAGCUCGACUUCCUCAACCUCCCCGUCAGCUCUCUCCAUCACCGUGGCAACCGAGACAGACUUUCCAUGACGACGGACGAGCUGCUGUCCAUCCCGUACGACGGCUCGAUGCCCGUCACUCACACCUCCGCCUUCAUCCAAGGUCUCCUGUCCCAGUCUGGAUCCUCAGAGCCUCUCUUCUCCUCCUCCAGACCGGCACAGAGAACCCCUGACAGACUCCUUUGCAGCCAGGGUGCCCCCCAGAUGAAGCACCACCAACACCACCACCUUCAUCCAACCAGGAGCUCCAGGUGCAGAGAGAGGCCGGCGGCGGCCAUGUUGAAUCCACGUGUUGACGUUUCCUCAGUCAGCUGCCCCGCGUCCGCACGCAGAGCAGCGAGGUCAGAGUGGGCGGAGCCUUCUUCGUCCCUCCACUUCCCCCGCUGGCUCACCACAAACAAGACUGACCUGGACUGCUCCGGGAUCACCAGCGUCCCGGAUCUUACGUACCCGGCCUGGGUCCACCGCUGUGACCUGAGUGAGACGCCCCCGGCCUCCGAGGCACAGCUGUGGGAUGAGCCCGGUGUUCUUCUGCCCGGAGCUCCCAGAAACAGAGCUCCGUCUUGGGUAGCAGACGUGGAGGAAGAAGAGCACGACCAGACGCCUGCUCAGGUUGACAACCAGCAGGCUCUCCGAGAUCUCAGGCUUCAUUUUGCUGAAGAGAUUUCUCUUCUGGCUGCGGGGAGACGCGGCCCCGACGCCACGGAAACGCUCCUCAGAGACAACAGGAUGGAGUCUCUGAUCCAGAAGGCCGACCAGGUGUUGACCCGUCUCUCCCACAGAUCUAGAGGAGCGGAACCAGUUGGACCUACAGAAUGUGCUGAAGACGUCCGGUUCUCAGCUCAGGCUCAGGGAGGCAUCUCCGGUCUCCAUAGUGACGUCAUCUUCAAGCAGCCUGGUCCAGUGGAGGCUCUGAAACAGAUGCUGUUCAGACUGCAGGCGGUGGAGGCGGAGCUUCAGCGACAACAGGUCCCGCCCCCGCCGCCCGUCGGCCUGCAGACGGAGGAGGCUCCAGUUAAGCAGAGGCUUGAAGAUGAAGCGCAGCUGGAGAGUUUUGCUGGCGGCCCGUCACUGCAGAGAGCAAUGCAUCACCUGAGCCGCCUGAAGGUGCUGGUGGAGGAACCCCGAGAGAAACACGCGGAGGAGGAGAGGGACGAAGAUGAAGGACGCUACUCUUCUUCUUCUGUUGACAGACUCACCGCUCAACAGAAACCCUCCUGAAGCCAACGGACUGUUGACCAGAGCAAGGGACAUCCUGUCCCCGUCAACCAGGGUUCUCUGUGUCCUGUUGUUUCCACGUCCUGUCCUCUUCUCACCAUGUCCUCCUGUUACCGCGGCCUCCUGUUACAAUGUCCUCCUGUUACCGCGUCCUCCUGUUACAAUGUCCUCCUGUUACCGCGUCCUCCUGUUACCGCGUCCCCUUGUUACCGUGUCACCGCGUCCUCCUGUUACCGCGUCCUCCUGUUACCGCGUCCCCUUGUUACCGUGUCACCGCGUCCUCUUGUCACCGCGUCCUCUUGUUACCGCGUCCUCUUGUUACCGCGUCCUCCUGUCGCCGCGUCCUCCUGUCGCCGCGUCCUCCUGUCGCUGCGUCCUCCUGUCACCGCGUCUUGUGAUAUUCAGCAGCAACAGAAACAUUAGAUGAUGCUGGAUGUGGUUUGACUUAAGAAAUGAAAAAGGUGCAAUUUAUUUGGACAGUUACACAAUGCAGGAGGAAAUCCAUGACAGUGUUUUGAAGAGUCCCAUUAAAGCCGUCUGGUCUUUGAGAAGAUGAAAGGAUGCUUUCAGGGGCUAAGUUGCUAAAAGCCGACUCUUUUUACACGUAUGCUACUUGUCCAGUUUCUCUGAACUGUCUGUGUGCUUCAUCCUUCUCACCAAACAAGAGGAUUUUCUUAAUCUUCCGAUUAAUCUUCCGCGCUUUAAAUUGUAUGAGGAGUAUGAAGCUCUGCGAUGGCGAGGACGUUGACGCUGAGGAAUUACGAGACAGACAAACACAUCCAUCUUUUUAGCCCCUGGAAGCAUCUGCUCAGCUGCUGAGAAGUGUCAACUGUAUUUGUACAAGUGCCAAUACGAAUGAGGGAUAUUAUGUUGUUUGUUAUUGCGCUGAUGUUUUAAUGUAAAUGGUAAAUCUAUCUAUUCACAGCUGGGCUAGCAGUAGAACGCAGAAGACGUUUUCACAAUGCUGGCUGGAGGUAUAUAAAGUGUUAGCAUGCAGAAUGUUAAACCAGCUUGAUAAACUUCAAAACGUCAACUGUGAAUAGAGCCUUAUUAAUAAACACUGUAAUGCUUCUCACAGUGCCAUGUUAGAAUGCUAUGCGUUACCUGUUAAAGGUAUAAUAUUCCUAAGUGUCUCAUGCUAAACGUCAGAAGCUAAACCUCUACAAUAAGGAUGUUGUGAUCUAAAUGAGAUGAUGAAAGGUUUCCUCUGUAAAGAUGCACCAUUAUUUAUUUAGGCAAAGUUUCUUGAUACAUAAUUGAUGUAUUCGGCAUGUUUAGUUAAAUUCAAAAAAUGUUUCAUUAUUUAUAUUUUGAAACAAACAUCAGAUUGAAAUUCACAAGUGGGGAUUUUGUAAAAAUAGUUCUACGAAUUUGCAUCAUAUUUGUUAUUUACAAAAGAUGGGGCAGAGCAGAGCCUUUGUUCCAGUCUUAAUCUGAUGAAUGUUGACCAAGUGUAACGAUUAAGAGUCCACCAUGUACAAUACAAAUAAUACUGAUUUCA